AUGGAGCCAGAGCCAGAGCCAGAACAAGCGACCGCGACUGCAAAACGACAGUCUACAAAGAGAAGAAAAAAGGAUUCAUCAAACAGGUCUCCGCGAAAACGAAGGCGGAAGGAGACAGUGAAAGCAGAGGAGCCCGAGACUGGGCCCAGUAGUUUCACCGGUCCUCUAGUAUCCCCAGACGUCGACCAGGGACCGCUCGCAGAGCCAUCUGAGCUCCCUUCUGAAACAACAGCUGAAGAAAGGCAUGAAGCGGAGCUGGAGCCACUGUCUUCCUACAACUGCCCAAUAUGUUUUACCCCGCCUACCAAUGCGACCCUCACCCCGUGCGGGCAUAUCUGUUGCGGGUCGUGUCUUUUUACUGCUGUGAAAGUUGCCAAACGAAGAGCUGGCCUUAUGAUGGGCGGAGGAGAAUUAUUAGCGAAAUGCCCUGUAUGUCGUGCUACUAUCCCUGGAUGGGACGGGAGAGGGGGUGGUGUUAUCGGAUUGAAGGCUCGCACCUUGUUUAGUGUCGAGUGA